AUGCUCUCUCACACCGAUCUCCUGGAUGCUCGGCUCGGGAUGAAGGAUGCUGCGGAGCUGCUGGGGAACCGAGACCCGAUGAAGUGCCGGCUGAGCGCCGGGGUGGCGGACCAGGGAGACAUGGACCCUGGCCCGGACACCGUGGAGGGGGCCACCUUGCUGCCCGGGGAUGAAAUCCCCACAGGUGGAGCCAACCAGCCGGGCAUGCCGGUAAACAGUAAGGACACUGAGAAACAGCAGCAGCAACAGCAGCAUAAUUCUAGUCAGACUGCGAACCAGCAGAAACAGAAGCGGCAUCGAACGCGCUUCACCCCAGCUCAGCUGAACGAACUGGAACGGAGCUUCGCCAAGACCCACUACCCAGACAUCUUUAUGCGUGAAGAGCUGGCGCUGAGGGUCGGCCUCACCGAAUCCCGUGUGCAGGUGUGGUUCCAGAACCGCCGUGCCAAGUGGAAGAAGCGUAAGAAGACCACCAACGUGUUCCGCGCCCCUGGCACUCUGCUACCAACGCACGGCCUGCCUCAGUUCUCUGCUGCGGCUGCCAUGGAGAACAGCCUGUGCUCCUUCCACGCCAACGACUCCCACUGGGCCACGGGGAUGCACGGGGUGUCCCAGCUCCAGCUCCCCCCUGCCCUUGGCCGCCAGCAGGCGAUGGCCCAGUCCCUUUCCCAGUGCAGCCUCGGGGCCGGCCCGCAGCACAACUCCAUGGGCCUGUCCAACGGCCUCUCCUCCAAUGGCUCAGGCCUGCAGUCCCACCUCUACCAGCCCCCGUUCCCCGGGAUGCCCGCCUCCCUCUCCGGUCCAACGAACGUGUCAGGUUCGCCACAGCUGUGUAGCUCUCCGGACAGUGACAUGUGGAGAGGGACAAGCAUUGCCUCACUGCGACGCAAAGCGCUCGAGCACACAGUGUCCAUGAGUUUCACUUAA